AUGGCAACACCCCGAGCCCAAACACCAAACCGGGACCUUUCCCUGUUCUCCCCAUCGUCUGACUGGGAACUGUGGGGGCCGAGAGGGUUGGGUUCAGGUAUUAAACAGAUGAUGGAGGCGGCCACCAAACAGAUAGAGGAGAGGAAGAAACAGCUCAGCUUCGUAGCCUCGGUUCCUGCGCCACAGCCAAGAGUGCCUUUAGCCCCGCCCACUAUCCCGAACCAGGUGCCACCCCGCCCACCUCUCCUGCCGGUUGCCCCACCCCCUCUGGGUUCCGCCCCCUCGAUCCCGCCCUCUCAGGCGGCCAGUUUCAUGAACGACGCCAUCGAAAAGGCCCGCAAGGCCGCGGAGCUGCAGGCGAAAAUCCAGUCCACACUGGCCAUGAAGCCAGGCAUACUGGGGGCACUGGGAAAUACAGGACCCCACAACCUGGUGGCACUGGCCAACCUGCAUGCUAUGGGCAUCGCUCCACCUAAAGUGGAAGCCCGUGAGGUGACCAAACCCACGCCACUGAUCCUGGACGAACUCGGACGCACGGUGGACGCCAGCGGCAAUGAAGUCGAACUCACACACCGCAUGCCCACGCUCAAAGCUAACAUCAGGGCAGUAAAGAGGGAACAGUUCAGACAGCAGCUCAAAGAGCGCCCCAGCGAUGACCUCGAGUCGACCUCGUACUUCGAUCAGCGCGUUCCCACGGCGCCGCCACAGCGUCCCCGAAAAAGCUUCAAGUUCCACGACAAAGGCCGAUUCGAGAAAAUCGCCCAGCGCAUCCGCACGAAGGCCCAGCUGGAGAAGCUGCAGGCGGAGAUCGCCCAGGCGGCGAAGAAGACAGGGAUCCAGGCCUCCACUAAACUGGCUCUGAUUGCUCCUAAGAAGGAGCUGGGAGAAGGGGAGGUGCCCAGUAUCGAGUGGUGGGACUCCUACAUCCUGCCCUCCAACAUAGAAAUAUCGUCAGAGAUGGUGUUCGAUGACAUGGAGCUGCAUGGAGUGACUAAUCUAGUAGAACAUCCAGCCCAGAUGAGUCCACCAGUGGACACUGAUAAGCCAGUGACUCUGGGGGUGUACCUGACGAAGAAGGAGCAGAAGAAGUUGAGGAGACAGACGCGUCGAGAGGCUCAGAAAGAGGUGCAGGAGAAAGUCAGACUGGGCCUGAUGCCCCCACCCGAACCCAAAGUGCGUAUCUCUAAUCUAAUGCGUGUGUUGGGGACGGAGGCUGUGCAGGAUCCCACUAAAGUAGAGGCUCAUGUCAGAGCCCAGAUGGCCAAGAGACAGAAGGCCCAUGAGGAGGCCAACGCGGCGCGGAAGCUGACGGCGGAGCAGAGGAAAGAGAAGAAAGUGAAAAAACUGAAGGAGGAUCUGAGUCAGGGAGUGCACAUCGCCGUCUACAGGAUCAGAAACUUGACGAACCCAGCGAAGAAAUUCAAGGUGGAGGCGAAUGCCACUCAGCUUUACCUGACAGGCACCGUGGUCCUCCACAAAGACGUCAACAUAGUGGUGGUGGAAGGAGGUCCGAAGGCUCAGAAGAAGUUCAAGCGUCUGAUGUUGAACAGGAUUAAAUGGGAGGAGCAGACCAACUCAAAGAGAGACGCUGAGGGUUCAGAUGACGAAGGUUCUAAGAAGACAAACAAAUGCACGCUGGUGUGGGAGGGCACGGCCAAAGAGCGCAGUUUUGGGGAGCUGAAGUUUAAGCAGUGUCCUACGGAGAACAUGGCGCGGGAACAUUUUAAGAAACACGGAACGGAACACUACUGGGAUCUGGCGCUGAGCCAGAGUGUGCUGGAGUCCACAGACGACUGAGAGACACGCAGACAGACAGACAGAAACUUCUGGAAAGAUUUCCUGCCGACUCACUGACACCUGCAGCCAGCUCAAUACCUCUGUGUAACAGAGAACUUGUGAAUGAAACAGACAGAGAGGGAGCGUGUGUGUAUGAGUGUGUGUGUGUGUUUGUGGGCGUGCGUGCGUGCAUGCAUGCGUGUGUGUGUGAUGGUGAGCUUUCGUGGCAUACUGUAGUCUUUUCAUUUAGACUGUUCUGUGGAAGUGCAGUGGUCUGGCAGUGACCGGCUGUGAGCUGGCUUUUGUGUGUG